AUGGGUGCGCGGAAGGACCUGGCGCGGCUGCAGGCCGAGCUCGACAGGAUCUGCGCGGGGAACGGCGAUACGACGCUCGGGACCCGCCGCGUCGCCCAGGAGGCCCGGUCUCCGGACCUUGAUUGCUGGUUCCCAGGCGCCCGGACGAGCGCGUUUGAGGCGGAGCUCGCGGCUCUAGGCGCCCGCAAAGCACUACACAGCGACAUGAGCGUCGAUCACGGAGGCUCGGACGUCCCACCGACGGAGGUGGAUGCGCAAGAGUCGGACGCAAGCGCCCAUGACGACGCAAGCGGCCCCGCUGCCGGCGCGGACGCCGCUGGGGCGGCGCGGGGCGGCCACGCGGUGAUAGACCUGACGCUAGACGACUCGGACGGCGACGGGGACGGCUCAGCCCCGGCCAAGGACGACGACAACGCUCCGGCCCCCCCUGUGCAGCGCUUGCUGCCGCUCGGAGCCUCGAGGGCCGCGACGCCUGCGCACCGGCGUCGCGCCGUACGGCCCGCGGAGCCCGUGCUGUGGCCCGCGUUCGUGCCCGCCGCACUCCGCAGCGAGGAAGCGCUGCAAUUGCGCAUGCCAUGCAUGGACUUUGGCUCGCACGCGGCCGUGCACGCGAAGAUCAGUCUGACGGCUUUCUACAGCACGUCCGCCGACGCGACGCUGGCGCUGCUCGCGAGCGGGCGGCUCCGGCGCGGCGGGGACGCAGGGGCGCAGCGCUUUCCAGACGUCGCGCUGCACGCAAUGCAGAACCUCGCGGUGCUCCAGGGGGACGACGGCGCGAACGCGAGGAUGAUUCGGCAGGCUACCUGUGCGGCAAACAACGUCGCGUGGAGAAUGGAGGUCAGCAUCCGUCAGGCAGCUCGGAGCUUCACCGUUGCCACGACGUCAGGAACGCCUCUCACCGCCUUCGCGCGGCGGGAUGCAUGCGGCAAGCCGCAGUCCAGACUGCGCCCGUCUGCAGGCCUGGAGCAGCUCGUCACGUUCGAGCGCCUCGUCCUCAGCGAAGACGGCCGCACGCUGCGGCUGGGCCCCGGGUCGCUGCUGCGGUGCCUCGCCACCGGGCUGAUCAUGAGGCUCGGUAGACGCGACCUCCUGCUGCUGCUGCCCGCGCAAACGGAGCUGCGCGUGACGCCGGGGCUACUCGCGGGUCUGCUCGUCGAGGCGGAGGACAUGUGUACUCCCCCGGGCGCGGAAUCGGCCCUGGACCCCCAUGGCAGGAACCGUGUGCUGCGACUCCGUCACAUGUUCGACACCUACGUCAGGCCGCUGACGCAGCUGCCCGACGGCGGCGGUGUGCUGCUGCCGCAGGCGCAGGUGGAGUCUUGGCUGCCGGGCGCUGCGUGGCUCCCAGCGGUAUUCCGCGCCCCUCUCGAUGACCUCCCAAGAUGCGUCCAGCUGCCGCCACGCGCCGGUCGCCUUCAGCCGUGUCUGGAGCCCAGCUCGCCGCCGCGGGAGUCUGCGGAGAGGGAGCGCGGCGGCGCGUGCGGCGGCGGCGAUGAGCAGGCGUCUGGCGACGGUGUUUAUUCGCGGCAGACGGCGCUUCGGGCUUGCAGGGUGCCCGAGUACGUCGAGGACAGCGACGACGAGCCCUCCCCGGCGACGUCCGCGUCGUGGCAGUCGGAACUGAUUGCGAGCCCUGGGCGUGCGACGAACGAGGAGGAGGGCGGCGGCGGCGGCGGGGCUGGCGGCGCGGAGCUGAAUCUCUGUUCGGGGGCGGCGGAAGCAAGAGGUCACGGGCGACCCAGGAACACCGGGGGGGCUGUUUCCUCGAUCUCGAUCCCGGACCGGCCUGAGAGCGCUGCGAAGCUCUUCGCGCUGACCUUCAACGUCACGCGCGCGGACACGCUCCUGGCGCUCGUGGGCAGCGGGGAGCUCCCGGGGCUCAAGUCGGAGUACAAGGAUGGCGGGAGGGUAUCCUCGAACGGCCGGUGCGCUCUUGACGCGUGCUUGCGGGCGGUGCGCGACGUCACGGAAGUGUCGCACGGGGCCUCGGCGAGCGACGCGCUGAGCACCAUCGAAGUGGUGUUUCAGGCCGUCGAGAAUCUGCAGAGUUGCGCGAUACAUCGUAUGCGCCGUGCAGCGAUGAGGCUCCACGUUCGCGAGGCGCAUCGCGGGUGCUCCGAUUCAGCGCUCUCGAGCUGCAGAGCUUUCCGCCGCGUGGGGGCGGAGCGUUCCCGUCUCUAUCCGGCGGAAGAUGCAGGGCACCUCGCCACGUUCGAGCAGCUCGUUCUGCGCCCGGACGGCGGGCUGCGCUUCGGCGAAGGCUCCCUGCUGCGCUGCCUGGCGACGGCAUGCGUCCAAGGGCUGCCUGUGGCGCAGCUCACCUGCGGCGACGAGGGAGACCUCCGCCUGACACCGGCGCUGCUGGCCGGCGUUCUCGUCGAGGCCGAGGACAUGUGCACCCCCGUCUGCGACAAGCGGGCGUUCCGUGCGCCCUUCGUUCGGCUUGCGCGGAUGCGUGAGCUGUUCGACGCGCACGAGGACAUCACGCUCUGCUCCGCGUCGACGCACUUCAAGAAGGUCAACGAUGAACGGCGCAAGCGGAAGCGCGACUGCGAGGACGACGGCAGCCUAGGAUAG